CGGCGGCGCCUCUCUUUCGGCUGAUGCUUUGCCUCGUUGGUGUCUCCUUUCCCAGCGUCCCCCGCGGCGGUAGCGGAGCCUGUCCCCGCUCGGUGACCUUCGCUGCCAGCUCGGGCCCUCCCCGCUCUUAACGAUGGUGCAGACUAUGCUUCCAAAAUCAUGGAGAGCCAUGAAAUUCUACUUCACUACUGUGUAUCAAGAAAUAUGGGUUGGUGUAGCAUUAACAGCUUACGCUUAUUACAAAAUUUCUUAUGGUGGCAAAAAAGCAGUGGCAGAUAAGUCCUCUGGUGCUGGCCAUCAUUAAAGACCUCUUCUCUUCUGGGAGUAUGAAUUUGGUGUUUUGUCAUCUUUACUGUAAAUGAAGGAAGUUACAACCAUAGGGAACUUAAUUCUAAAACUGUACCUGAUCCAUCUGCUGUAAUUAGAGAAAGAAUAAAUCCACUGAGCAAUGAGGAAUUAAACAUGUUGGACAAAGUA